UACAACCGCAUGUGCAUCUAUUCACGACUUAAGCAGAAAAGAUAACAAAAUUAUCACAAAAAUUUUUUAGAAGCAACACUUUUUCUCGUAAACGAUAAUGCAUUUUUGAUUGUAAUCCCGCAACAAAUUUCCUAAGAAACUCUCCUAUGGCGAUAAUACUUCCUAUACCCCCUUUAACACUAUCUAUCAUAAAUUACACAAUCGCUUCAUGUGUCGCACCUUCAACGGUGGGUGAAAGUGCAGCGCCAGUUUUCUCCGUGGAAAGCAAUCAGUCAGUGUAGUAUUGAGCGUAUUGAUUGGUCCAAAAUCGCUCCCGUUAGCACCAGUGUUCCUCGAUUCGUUGACCCUCCAGGAUGUCGCAGCUCACGAAACUUCACAGCGGAAUCUUUCAUCCCACCCUGCGGAAACUCCAGUGCCGGGAGGUAGACAUUGCCGCACACAAUCUUAUGUAUCCGGUGUUUCUAGUAGAAGAUGACGAUGCGGUUCAGGAAAUCAGCAGCAUGCCCGGUGUUGCCCGCUAUGGACUUAAUCCGUUAAAGAAGCAUCUCGCGCCUCUCGUAGAGAAAGGUUUGGCCUCAAUUUUGCUUUUUGGUGUGACGGAAAAUUUACCAAAAGAUUCAACCGGUUCUAGUGCCGAUUCAAAAGAUAACCCGGUAGUUAAAGCUUUACCCAAGCUGCGGCAGUGGUUCCCGAAUCUGCUGAUUGCUUGCGAUGUUUGUCUGUGCCCUUACACUAGCCACGGGCACUGUGGGGUCCUAACCGAGGACGGAGUCAUCGACAACGAACCCAGCAUCAAGCGGAUUGCGGAAGUUUCGUUGGCCUACGCACAAGCCGGUGCCCACAUUGUGGCUCCUUCCGAUAUGAUGGAUAACCGAAUUUGGGCCAUUAAGAAGAUUCUUCGCGAGAAUCAGUUGGGAAAUCGCGUUUCGGUGCUGUCCUACUCGGUUAAGUUUGCGUCCGGGUUUUACGGACCGUUCCGGGAUGCAGCAAAGUCGGCCCCGGCGUUCGGUGAUCGCAAGUGUUACCAGCUGCCACCCGGUUCGAAGGGGCUAGCGAAACGUGCAGCGAAACGAGACGUCGAGGAAGGUGCUGAUAUGCUAAUGGUCAAACCAGGCCUAGCGUAUUUGGACAUCGUCAAGCAAGUUAAAGAUGACUAUCCGGAAUUACCUCUGUUUGUUUAUCAGGUAUCUGGCGAAUACUCGAUGCUACUGAAUGCCGGCAAAAUAGGUGCGUUCGAUCUGCGUACGGUUCUCUGGGAAGUGGUAAUCGGAAUGCGCCGUGCUGGAGCUGAUUGCAUAAUCACUUACUUUACGCCAACAUUGUUGGAUUGGUUGACAGAAUAGUAGCGGAAAUUAUUUGACUUGGAUUGAAUUGGUUAGGGGUAUGGCCUAGUGUUAUGUUUCUGAAGAAAACGUGCUUUUUCUGCCUACUACUUAUUAAUGCAACAACAUUUGAAUGAUUUCAAAAUACAUGAAUUAUUUUCUCCUUGUAA